AGGCUUUAUCACUUCAGCCUGUGUGUGUGAGAGAUGAAAUCUUUAACGGGACACUUUUCAAUGCAGGAAUAAUGCCGUGGGACUUGACAUGAAAUUAAAGCAAGCUGCAUGGAAUAGAAAAAAACAUCUUCUUCUGAGCACGUUGCUGGCAAGUAGUUCUCAGGUGGAUUAUUUAAAGAUGUGUUUUGCCAGAUAGAAAUGCAAUUUGCUCGCUGUUACUAAAGACUGCAUAUCUUUAAAGUAAUCAACAUUUUGUCAGUCUCUGGCAAAAGGUGCUUUAUUUGAGAAUUAUUUUAAAGUUGAAAAAUAUUUCUUUAAAAAAAAUGACUUUAGGAUAUGGGAAAUCAGAUAACUUUGACUUAGAAGACCUAGAAAUUGAUGUUGUUGGGGAGGAUGGAGAAGGCAGACACCCUGGAACUACCACAGAAGAAAGUCUGGAUGAGGAAAGUAAGAUAUGCUCUGAGGAAAUUAACUCAAAAGGGAUGGAGCUUUCCAGAAGCCCUCUGGUGAAACCUCCUUACUCAUAUAUUGCUCUGAUUACUAUGGCGAUACUUCAGAGCCCAAAGAAAAGACUUACUCUCAGUGAAAUUUGUGACUUUAUCAGUAACAAGUUUCCUUAUUAUAGAGAAAAGUUUCCAGCCUGGCAAAAUUCUAUCAGACACAACUUGUCACUGAAUGACUGCUUUGUCAAGAUGGCAAGAGAGCCAGGGAAUCCUGGGAAGGGCAACUACUGGACCUUGGACCCCAGUUCCUCAGAUAUGUUUGAGAAUGGGAGCUUUCUGCGGAGAAGGAAGAGAUUCAAACGACACCAGCAGACCUGUGGGAUUUUGAAAGAUCAGACUAGUUUUCUUCCAGGUUUCAUGUACGGUGCUCCUUACCUCAGUUCUCUUCAGAUACCAGCUGUGGCUCACCUGCCUAUCAGAUUCCGGAACAGUCCAUACCCUACAACCUCUUCUGGCAACCUUUUACCAGCUCGCUCUACAUUGUUUAUGAGGGGUCCCUUAGGCAGUAAGGGCUGCCACCCAGAAAUGAGAAUACCUGACAGAAAAUUAGACUCCAGUAAUCUCCAGUUGUCAGGUUACUCCAUUGAAACUGUAAUGGCAGCAUCUUCUUCACCAACCUCAGGGCUACAUACUUUGAACAGCCCUGUUCAGCCAUCUCAGGUUUCCCCUUUCAUAUCUGAGAUGCUGCAUCCUGCAAACGCAAAUCACUUCACCCCUAUCUACCCAGCUCUUUCGACACAUUUCCAUUUUGGAAACACAUUGUUAGGACAGAAGAGUUAGCAGAUGGGAGUUAGUAGACAAUGUAUUCAUUUAUGGAGUAUUUAUUGUACAGAACAAUUAGAUAAUCUGAAACUAUUCUUAAUGCAAAGAAUUUAAUUUUAAAAAUGCAAUCAACAAAACUAACAAUAAUAUAUAAUAACAUUUUGAAGUAAUAAUUUCAGAUUUUUUUUGAUCACUAAACUAAUUAGAUAGGCAUGCAUGCAUUCUGAAGUUCUAAAGCUAAAAUCCAAAUGUUUUCAUCUGGGAAUACAGUUAUUAACAUGAUUUUGUUAAAAACUUUGUAUAAAGUUUCUGGGUACGGCAUCAAACAUCUGAUAUGUCAGUAUUUCCAUAUCUAACUUCAUUUUCAGUAAAGUGGUCCAUAAAUGGCGAUUUUUUUUUUAUCAGCAAGUAUUUCUGCUUGUAUUAGAGUAGUGUCUUUCAUCCUAAUUUAGUGUAAUGACAGGCCUAAUUAAAUUGCUGUUUUAAAGUACAAAAUGUUUAUCCUGUAAAACAAAUGGCAGCAAAAACUGUAAACAGCAAGUAGUGUAACAUAAUUAAAAUCUAAAUAUUUCAUCAUCUUUACUGAAACAUUUGUUUAUGCUAAAAGGCAUUAUUUCAAAUGUGCUCUAGUUUUGAACAGUGGCUGUGUUCAAGAUUAGUCAGAAAUCAAGAAAUGUGGGAACAAUUAAAUGAGGAUUAUAGGAUAAUUUUAAGAAGGAAAUGAAUGUAUACAUCAGAUAACCAUAGCUGAUGGGGUGCCUGCUUAACCGGAUACCAGUUAUAAACAUUUGUUGUUUUAAUUUUAAGUUAGUACUGUAAAGAAAAAGAAAACAUAUCAUCCAGUUUUACUAGUUUUUAGAAUUUUCCUUAGAAGAGUAUCUUAAUAAAUGCUCAGCUAUAUACUGUGUUAAUACUAUGGUCAUAAAUGCUCAGCUAUAUACUGUGUUAAUACUAUGGUCAAUGUUUUUAAUAGAUGUCAGGUGCAGAAUUGCUUUUAGAUGUGUAGUGAGGGUAUCACUAAAAUGAACAUCAAAACUAAGCAGCAUUAAAAUGCAUUUCAUACUGUCUGUAUUUCAUUCAGGAGGCGUCUGUUGUGCUGCUUAAAACAAUGUCCUAAAUGCAUAAAUGGAGCAUCAUUUAAUCUUUUUCAUAAAUAUAUGCAUAUAUUAUAGCUAUAUGAACAGAUGCAAUUUACCUAUCUCUGUGACAUGCAGUAUUAUAUCAAACUAGUUUGAGUUUUAUUCUUAGAAACUAUUUUGUCAGUUAUGGAUUUCGUAAUCUAAACAUGCUAUCAUGUCAGAUUUUUAGUUGUGUCAUUAUGGAAUUUUAUAAUAACUUUGAAGAAAACA